UUAUCUAAACAUUAUGCAAAGGUAAAUUAAAUAUAGACAUAAAGGUAGAAUAUUUUUCACUAUUUCAUAAGGAAAAUAAUUUUUUGUUAGCAUUUUUGAUCUUGUAAACUGACUUAUAGGUUGUUGUGGGUUAAAUUACUUUUACUCUGGCUAAUAAAAGGUCAUACGUUUUGAGUUAUUUUGUAUUUAAUGAAUUGUAUGAACCAAAGGCGUUUGCUGUAAGUCGAUGAUACACACACACAUAUGAUAUGUCCAUAUAAACAUACAAACUCGAAUGUGUCGAGUGGGUUCAGGAUUCGAGUUCCGAGUGAAACCGAUUCAGUAUUUUGAUUCAUUUAAAUGAACCGACUCUUAAGAGUCAUUCGUUCGGGUGUCUGAAACUGCAUGCGCUCAUUUCAUAUCUAAUUUAAUAGAUUUAUUUCUCACAAUAUUUGAAAUCAUUUAACCUGGCGAUAUUUAGACAAAAAUGUUUUACGCAAUCUAUUCUCAUAUUUUAUUAUUUAAACAAAACACGUAAAUCUAGGUAAUUCAGAGGAGUGUAACGUAAGUCGUGUGCUAAUGAAGCUUCUCCCACAGCUAUAUGAGUUUAAAUGCCGAGGAAUAUCCUCCUCAUCUUCCCACAGCUGAAGCAAACAGGAGGAGAAACAACUGACAUACUAUAGUAAAGAUGGAGAUUGAGGAAGAACCCUGCAGAAUAAAGGGGGAAGAGACAGAGGAGGCAAUAGAAGUGAAAGAAGACAAACAGCGACAAUUGCAAAGACCUAAUAUCAAAAAUGAAGAUGGGAACGCUGCAAUUUCACAAUGUGAACAGAAUUUCAUUCAUGCCGGAGAGAAAUCACAUGUGUGUUCAGACUGUGGGAAGAGCUUUAGUACGUCAAGCAACCUAAAGAAACACCAGAGGAUUCACACUGGAGAGAAACCGUAUCAGUGCUCCCACUGUGACAAGAGCUUCACUCAGUCAGAAAGCCUGAAAAUUCAUCAGAUAGUUCACACUGGAGAAAAACCCUAUCAGUGCUCUUCAUGUGGGAAGAGAUUCGGCAGAUCAUUUAACCUACGUGAUCAUAAGAAAACAUGUCGGCGUUUCAAAAAUGAAGACGGAAACAUUGAUGCAUCACAGAAUUUCACACAGGAGCAAGCUGGAAUGAGUGAAUCUUUCAGCUGCUCUGAAUGUGGAAGGAGUUUCAUGCAUAAAGGAAACUUUAACGUUCACAUGAGAGUUCACACUGGAGAAAAACCAUACACGUGCGCUCGCUGCGGAAACAGCUUCAUUCGUAAAGAGCACUUACACGUGCACAUGAGGAUUCACACCGGGGAGAAACCGUUCACGUGCACUCAGUGUGGAAAGAGUUUCAUAUCUGAAUCCAAACUCAGAAGACACAUGAAGAUUCACACUGGAGAAAAGCCGUACGCAUGCACUGACUGUGGGAAGAGCUUCAGAUCGAAAAGUUUCCUGAAAGAUCAUCAUCGCUCUCACGCUGGAGUGCGCUCGUUCGGCUGUGAUCAGUGUGAUAAAACUUUCAUUACGUCGUCAACUUUAAGAUCACACCUUAAAGUUCACGCUGCUACAAAGCCUCAUGUUUGCACUUUCUGCGCAAAGAGCUUUUCAAGGUCUGAACAUUUGCAAGUUCACCAGAACAUUCACACCGGAGCGAAACCGCACGUGUGUUCAGACUGCGGGAAGAGCUUUAAAACAUCCAGCAGCUUAAAAACACACCAGAGGAUUCACACUGGAGAGAAACCGUAUCAGUGUUCGGACUGCGGGAAGAGUUUCUCUUGUUUAUCAACACUGAAAGAUCAUGAGAGGAUGCACAGUGGAGAAAAGCCGCAUCAGUGCUCGUCAUGUGGGAAGAGUUUCACUCGCUCUUAUAAUCUACAGAUGCACAUCAGUAAACAGUGUUGUCUAAAUCAGGGGUUCCCAAACUUUUCACCAUGACCCCCCACUAGUGAUGGGUCGUUCAUAAACGAUUCGUUUUGAACGAAUCUUUAAUAUGACUCGGGAACUACGAGUCAUCUCAGGGAGUGAUUCGUUCAUCCGCGCGUGCGCACAUUUGUGCAGGUAGUAUCGUUAAUUUCAAGUCUUC